AUGGCCAUCGACGAGCUAAGAUCUCUUGAGAAGGGUCUCACACGGCGUCUUGAUCUCACAUUGAUGCCCUCGGUGUUCAUCUUAUUCCUCCUGAAUAUCCUGGAUAGAAACAACAUAGCAAGCGCCAAGAUCACAGGUCUUACAGAAACACUCAAUAUAACAAACGCCGAGUACAACACUUGCUUGCUGAUGUUCUACGUCGGUUACUGCAUCACCCAGGUUCCUUCAAAUCUCAUUAUUGGGAAAGUCAGACCUUCUUACUACAUCUGUUUAAUCACUUCUUUGUGGGGAGUUCUCUCCAUGUGCCAAGGCUUCACCGCCAAUUUCUCUCAGCUUGCUGCUGUCCGUUUCAUCCUUGGUCUGGUGGAGGCUCCCUUCCUACCUGCUGUCUUCGUUUUGAUGUCCUGUUGGUAUAAUAGAAAGGAGCUGCCUCCAAGGAUUGCUAUCCUGUACGGCGGUAAUAUGCUUGCUACCGCAUUCUCGGGACUGAUUUCUGCGGGUAUCACCUCGGGCAUGGAAGGCAAGGCAGGAAGACCAUCGUGGGAAUGGCUUUUCAUCAUUGAAGGUGCCAUGCCUGUUGUCAUUGCGCUGCUCCUUCUGCCAUUACUUACAGACUAUCCACUCCAAAGCAAGCAUCUCUUCAUCUCACGAGAGCACCAACUCUACGCCGAGUGGAGAAUCCGCAAAGAAAACGCAGGCAUUGUUGACGAGGACCCGGAGUCGAUCUUUUGGGGACUUAAACAAGCUCUCAUCGACCCCAAGCUCUAUCUCUUCAUCGUUCAGCAAAUGGCGUUGAUUACUGCCCAAAGCUUCAAUAAUUUCUUCCCCUCGAUUGUGGGAACCCUGGGAUAUGGCCAAACAAGAACACUCCUCUUGACGUCCCCGCCAUACUUCUUCGCCUUCAUCGUGUCACUGUGUGUAUCGUUCCACGCAUCGCAUAAAGACGAACGUGGCUAUCAUAUCGCUGUUCCGAUGAUCUUUGCCCUGCUUGGUAAUCUUUUGGCCAUGUUCGUGCCAUCCCUCGGAGGAAGAUAUUUUUCCAUGUUCCUCAUGACCUCUGGCUCUUAUGCGCCAUAUAACCUCUGCGUAAGCUGGCUCAGCUCUUCUCUACCACGACCUAGAGUAAAGCGUGCGGCCGCUCUCGCCAUUGUCAACUUCAUGGCCGCAGGCGUUGCGCACUUUUACACAAGCUACAUGUUCCCUGAUAGCCAGAAGCCGAGGUACUACGCCGGUGGCACGGUGAUGUCCGGGGCGUGUUUGGUAUGUGCCGGCGUAGCUUUGUCAAUCAAGUACUACCUCAAGAAACAGAAUGGGAAGUUCGAAGAAGAGGAGCGCUUGGGCGUUACGAACCAUAGCCAUAUCAAAGGCUCAAAACUUGGGCACGGUGGUGAAGGGGUUGUCUCCUUUCGAUACGUGCAUUAG